GAAAUGAUGGAACACAUUUUGUGCACGCAGGAUCUGGAGAUGGGAUCGGCUGACGGCGGGGGGAGCAAACUCCACCCAGCAGAUAGGAUCUCGGGCAGGCGGAGCGGAGGGCAGCUUGCGCCGAAACGGCUCAGGCUGGUUGGUCGGGACGCCUGACAAGUCCCGCAGAAAACUUUAGACGGGCAAAGUCCAGCGUGAGUGUGAGAGAGGCAGAGUGGAAGUUAAUGUGUGAGAGGUUGCCUCGCACAAAAUCACAUGUCAUUUUAAAGAAAUGCUCCAAAGAUGGCGGUGGUAAUAGCGACGGGAGUUUCAGGUGCCUCCGGAGUGCAAAAAAGUGGAUUUGUGGAGGUUUUGGUGCGGGAGCGGUGGCACAAAGUUUUGGUCAACUUGAACGAGGAAGCGCUCACGUUAAGCUGCGAGGAGAGUGGCGUUAACGACUUCGUGAACGACAGUGUCAACUCUAACGGGCUUACCAAUGGAUCCUACCUUGACAACAAUAACGCCAACUCCAACAACGGCCCCCAAACUGUGCGCACCGCGUUCACGGACCUCCCGGAGAGAGUGCCCGAGACGAUCGCCAACAGAAAGCGGUGCGUCAAGGUGACCAAACAGGAGAUCGGGGGACUUGGGAUCAGCAUCAAAGGAGGGAAGGAGAAUAAAAUGCCCAUUCUCAUCAGUAAGAUAUUCAAGGGGCUCGCAGCGGACCAGACUCAGGCUCUGUACGUCGGGGACGCCAUCCUGUCUGUGAACGGCAUGAACCUGCGAGACGCGACCCACGAUGAGGCUGUGCAGGCGCUGAAACGAGCCGGGAAAGAGGUGACACUGGAGGUGAAGUACAUGCGUGAAGCCACACCGUACGUCAAAAAGGGCUCCCCUGUGUCAGAGAUCGGCUGGGAAACCCCCCCACCUGAAUCUCCCCGUCUCGGUUCCACCACCACCACCUCCUUAUGUGACUCUCCAAGCUCCCCUACCCAGCCCUCGCUGUCUUUGCAGGGGGACCGAAGAUGCAUACCACUCAAGAUGUGUUACGUAACUCGAGCCAUGACCACACCAGACCCUGAGAACAGACAACUGGAGCUGCACUCUCCUGAUGCCAGGCACACCGUGGUGCUGCGGUGCCCAGACCAACCAUCUGCCCUGUCCUGGUUCUCUGCCAUGCACUCUGUCACAUCGACACUGGCACAGCGGGCGCUGGCAGAGGUCAUCCAGAACACAGCCAGGACGGGGGUAGCUGGCAGCAAAGAGAUACGACACCUGGGAUGGCUGGCAGGGAAGACAGAGAGUGAGAAGCAGAGCUGGAAGCCGGUGCUGGUGGUGGUGACAGAAAAAGACCUGCUGUUGUAUGACAGUCUACCGCGAGGCAAGGAGGCCUGGCAGAGCCCUGCACACACUUAUCCACUUUUAGCAACACGUCUCGUCCACUCUGGCCCUGACCGAGGGUCACCUCACUCUGGCACAGAGUUGUUUUUUGCCACACGGACUGGCACGCGACUCGGCAUUGAGACUCACCUGUUUCGGGCUGAGACCACCAAGGAUCUGUCCAUGUGGACCAGACACAUAGUCAACGGAUGUCACGCUUCAGCUGAGAUGAUCAGAGAAGUCACCACAAGUUGUCUAUACCAGGGUCAGGAGUGCCGGCUGGUGAUUCACUACGAACAGGGCUUCUCCGUGCUGGCUGACCCCACUUUGGGAGACAGGGAGAACGGAGAGGAGAGAGGAGCUCAAACACCUACACAGCCCAAGGUGCUCCUCUCCUACCCCUAUGAAAAACUAAAGAUGUCCUCAGAUGAUGGAGUCCGAAUGCUCUUCCUUGACUUUGGAGGGAAGGAAGGGGAGAUUCAACUGGACCUCCACUCGUGUCCGAAGCCGAUCGUCUUCAUCUUACACUCCUUCCUCUCUGCUAAGAUAUCCCGUCUGGGUCUGGUGGCUUGACCUCUCUAAAGGGACGUUUCAUCUCCUUUGAAAACAGAAAUCCACAUUGUUCUUUCAGCUCUCUGCAGCCCGCAUGCAGUACACCACAUCAAACUCCUUCAGACGGGGGACCCAAGCUGAGUGAAUGUAGCCUCUAUAUGGAAAUUGACCCCUUUUUGGGUGUCCAACUUCAAGUUAAAGAAACACUGGAGAAACCAAUGCAGACUGGUUUUACUUUGAGUGAAAUGGAUAGAUUUCUAUGGGAAGAACUGUCACUGUAAGGGCUGCAUGGACUGAAGAACCACAGAAAACACGGACUGGACUUGAAGGACAGCGAUGACACAUACAGACAGAGGGACACAUUUUAAGGAGCAGAUUGGGCAUUACUGUCACGUCCAGGCUUGGAAUGACUGGACAGUGCAGCACGGUUUAGAUAAAUUUACUUUUAAUUCAAUCAAAAUGUAAUGGCAAACUGCCUCCCAUUUACCAAUUAUAUAAUUUAUUCACCAUUAGCUCUGAAAGGACAUUCUGAGUAUUACUCGGUCAUUUUUCUUCACCAAACACUUGACACUGUGGAAAAACUUUAUGCAUUUGUCUUUGUUAGUGUUCCCUGAAAUGUCUUGUUAGCGUUGUCAGCAUUCAUCAUUUAAACCGGGAGAAACAAUCGCUCGCAUAGUUUCCCACAAUUUGACAGCUGAUUCCAAUGCAAAAUGUCACAGUAUUCUUUUAACAGGUCGCAUGACCAUCUGGUGGUCAGUGUUUGACAGAUUUGACAGUGACAGUGAAACUCAUAUACUCAUACUCAUAUAAUAUACUCAUAUAGUCAUAUUUAAAUUCCAAGUCCUGUUUGUCACUCAAAAACACAGAGUAUUUGUUGAAGUUGGUGAAGUCUAGGCACAUAAAACUUUGGGUUUGUUGAUCAGUUUUCAAAUACAAUCUGUUACAGCUGAAAUGAUAAAAAAUACUCUGUAAACUGUUCAUUUUUUUUACCAAGUCUUUUCCUGUUUUUGAAUGAUAAGCAGUACAUGGAAUUUUAAAUUUAAAACCAGAAACCCAUAUCCAACUUAUUAUAGCUUGUUACUGCAAGUUUGUCUAGACACUGGCGAUCCAGGUGGCAUUUACUGUUGUUUCUGCAUCUUCAGUUUCCACAGAAAUACCAGUGUUAUAUAUGCAUAGAGGAUUAUGACAAAAAUAACCAUGCAUAUGAUUAAUUUAACCUUAGUAAUACCAUAACCAAAUAAUGAGGCGUUUAGUGAAUACACUUUUUACUUUCUUGGAGAGAGUUAAAGAAGCUUCAGCCAGCAGCUGGUUAGCUUAGCUCUGCUUAAUGUCCGACUGGCCUGGCUCCACCCAAAGGUUACAAAAUCUGCCCACCAGCAUCUUUAAGGUUCAUUUUAAGCACAUUAUUAACACAUAUGUGUUGAUUUAUUAACUGUGCUAAGAGGCAGAUUUAGUCAGACUAGCUGACUCCAGAUGAACCGCUAGUCUGCAAACAGAUAAAUCUGGAACUAAAGAUAAAAUAAUGUUUUGGAUCUCAACACAAAAAAACAGCUUUUGAAAAAACAGUCUCAUCACAAGGUCUAUUUUGUAGCUGUUCUGUUCUGUCACUGCCCCUGUGACAUUUCUAGCUGUUGGUUUUUGUUUUUGUCUCAAUGUAACUUGUGAAGUUAACUUCAACUUUAGAGAUUCUGUUAGGUGGAUUUACCUUUGGACACAGCCAGAUUAGCCCUUAUCCUAUGCUAAACUAACCAGUUAUUGUUAUAUUUAAUAGAUAGUAAAAUGGAUCUUCUCAUCUAACUCUAGGCAGCAAAGUGUAUUUCCUGAAAUGCUGAACUGUUCUUCUAGUGUCUCCUGUCAGAUAUGAUGAUGCAGUUCACUCACUCCUUCUUUAUUUCAGCUUAUGAUUGUAAGACUGAUCUGAUAUCAACUGAAAUCAUCUGACUAAUACUCAAAAAACUGAUUUACAUUUUACUUGAUUCACUGCCAUGAGUACUUCUAAUAUUCAUAUUGACAACUGAAACUCAAUCAAACAUGCCACAGUCACCCCAUCAAGUAUUAUUUAUCUUUAAUUACAGUAAGGUUGCCAUCAUAGGAGUCUUUAAUCCUGCUUUAGUCCUGCAGUAGCCACUUCAAGUCAUGAUCUUUUUGGAUGUUAUGUAGCUGAUCAUAUUUUUCUCUGACAUGGCUGAUUACCUUCCCUCGUGCCUUCAGAUGACAAUGUGACUUCCAUGAUGGCUACUUUACUUUUGGUGAUGAGCACAGAAAUGUUAUGUUUGCUGUCUUCUUUAUAUCAUAUACACACUUUCAUGUGACCAUUUACAUGCAGAAA